UGUGACUCGUUCCCUGUCCCCUUGCUCCUCGCGUCUGAUGUUAUUUCCGGAAUUCUUUCUCUAUCUGUCAACAGAAAAUGGAGGUGCAGUUGAGUAACGGGGUAGCAUCUGGGUUAGCCAUCAGGAAGGAUUGUGUGCUUUUUGGAAAAAUGUUUAAGGAAGGAAUACGUGUUCAACAGACCGAGGGGUUCGAACGAAGCAGAAUAGGGUUUUUGACGAAAAGAAAUGGUUUGGGGCCAGUAAAGGGCGUUGGCAAUGAGAGCCAUCGGGAGUAUUCAAUUAUUGUGUCAUACGAUUGGAAAAAGUUGAAAAUCACCUGUUACCUCCGGUGGCCAAAUCGCAGCAAAAAAAAUGUACGGAGCCCAUACCCAUAUUAUGACCAUUGGUGGACAUUUUUCGGAGACGGAACAACGUGUACAAAAGAUGUAGAUAUUGUUCCGGGACUGAAAAAUGUUGACAAAGGUGUGUAAAAUUUCAACAUUGGUUUUUACCCCGAUCGCCCAUUGCCACCGGUUUUUCUUUUCUCCGUCUUCGGCAUUAGCUCGCCCGUCAUCCCAUUUCAGGACAAGAAAUUUCACCUGUGAUGGCUCCUCUCAAUGGCAGUCUUAUCCGUAUACAACACGUUGUCAGUUUUGUAACAAGAACCUUGGACAAGGCAGUAGCUGAGGUGAU